AUGGCUCCCACUACGUUGGAACAAGAGAACCAUACCCGCGAUGCGGAGUUCAAUCGCGUCCUUCAUGGCAAGUCGUCUCAGGCUAAGGGUGGUUUCGCUGCCAUGCGUGGAAAGGAUGCCGCUGCGCAGAAGGCUGCGGUUGAUGAAUACUUCAAGCACUGGGACAACAAGGAUGCCACCGAGGAAACCGAGGAGAUUCGUGCUGCCCGCCGUGCGGAGUAUGCGACCCUGACCAGACACUACUACAACCUUGCGACCGACUUCUAUGAAUACGGUUGGGGUACCUCGUUCCACUUCUGUCGCUUCGCCCAGGGCGAGCCCUUCUACCAGGCCAUUGCCCGUCAUGAACACUAUCUGGCCCACACCAUGGGCAUCAAGGCCGGUAUGAAGGUCCUCGAUGUCGGCUGUGGUGUUGGCGGUCCCGCGCGCGAGAUUUGCAAAUUUACCGAUGCCAACAUAGUCGGCUUGAACAACAAUGAUUACCAGAUCGAGCGUGCGACUCGCUAUGCUGAACGCGAGGGAUUGAGCGACAAGCUAAGCUUCGUCAAGGGAGAUUUCAUGCAAAUGAGCUUCCCUGAUAACUCAUUCGACGCCGUAUAUGCCAUUGAGGCUACCUGCCAUGCUCCUGAGCUGGAGGGGGUAUAUAAGGAGAUCUUCCGUGUCCUGAAGCCUGGUGGUGUCUUCGGUGUUUACGAGUGGCUCAUGACCGAAGAAUACGACAACGAUAAUGCUGAGCACCGCAAGAUCCGUUUGGGUAUCGAGCAGGGAGAUGGUAUCUCCAACAUGGUCAAGGUGUCUGAGGGUCUGGAGGCUUUCAAGAACGCCGGAUUUGAGACUCUCCACAAUGAAGAUCUGGCUGACCGUCCUGACGAGAUCCCAUGGUACUACCCUCUGGCUGGCUCAUUCAAGCACAUGACCUCGCCUUGGGAUUUCUUCACCAUCGCCCGCAUGACAUGGUGGGGACGUGGCAUCGCCCAUCGUUUCGUCGGUGCCAUGGAGCGCGUUGGCCUCUUCCCCAAGGGUUCCCAGAAGACCGCCGACAGCUUAGCCCUGGCAGGAGACUGCCUCGUGGCCGGUGGUGAGAAGAAGCUCUUCACCCCUAUGUACCUGAUGGUUGGACGCAAGCCCGAGUAA